GCUAAUUUUUCCUUUUCCAGGGCAUGUGUCUAUAUCUGACCCCUCAAGUAAUCCUUUCCACAUGUCAGGGGAUGUGGAUUUCUUCUUGUACAGAGAGCAGGAGCGGAGUAAAGCCAUUGCAGAACGUGAACAAAAGAAGAUGCUGAGGGUGCACCAGAAGAUGACCUAUUCAUCCAAGGUGUCUGCCAAGCACACUAGCCUGCGCCGGGAGCUACAGCUAGAAGAGGAAAUGGAAGAUCAGGAGCUGAUAGCCGAGGCCCGGCAGCUGCACACCUUCCGCAACAACACUGCCUGGAAGCUGGCCAUGACCCAAGAAAAGAAUGUGGAGCCUGAGACAUUGAAUGACUACAUGAAACAGAAGCGAAGCAUGUUCCUCCUCCAGUAUGCCGUGGCAAUGAAGCGCAAUGAAAUCCAGCGGCUAGAAAUGCUGGCGACCCGGGAGGAGAACAGGCUGGAGAGGGCUGAGAAGUUCCUGGAGAAGGAUGCAACAUUGUUUGACGAGUUCCUCAGGGAGAAUGACCGUAGCUCAGUACAGGCCAUGAAACUGGCGGAGAAAGAGACCAAGAUCAAGAUGGAGAAGAUUAUUGAGAUCCGGGACCUCACGGCCCAGAUCAUGAAUAUCAAAAGCGAAAUCUCUAAAUUUGAAGACACUUUGCAACAUUACAAGAUCUACAAGGACUUCCUGUAUAAGCUGUCACCCAAGGAGUGGCUGGAUGAGCAGGAGGAGAAGCGCCUGGCUCUCAGAAAGGCCAAGGAGCCUGGGGAGUUCAUCAAGGACAGCAGCAUGGCCACCUUACUAGGGGACAGAGGGUCUGGCAACAAGAGCAAGACAGCUUUGCUGUGGAAAGAGGUUCAGAGCUUGAAGAAGCCCUCAAAGGUUUCACGGUUUGGGCAGGCCCCAUCCAGCACUCAGAGCCUCCCGCAGGUUGGUCAGGCCAGCCAGCCCAGUCUGUACAGCGAGCUGGACUCCAGGAUGUCAAGCUCUACGGUGCCGUCACAAGAAGACACUGACAGCGAUGGGGAGGAUCUGGCACUGUACUUCACUGAGCCCCAGCAGCUCUUGGAUGUUUUCACACAACUAGAGGAACAGAACCUGUCGCUGAUUCAGAACACACAGGAGAUGGAGGAGACCUUGGAUGAUCUGAAUGUCACUCUGAAAAACACUCAGAUCCGCAUGGACAGGGAGGUCAACAUGCUGAAGCAGUGGAUCUCCACCAUAAUGAUGUCAAUCUCCAAGGAGGAGGAGUCAGCCGCAGAGCUGCAGCUCAAAGCCCGAGUCUUCCACUUCGGGGAGUAUAAGGGUGACCAGCAGGACAUGCUGCUGGAGAGCCUGAACCACAAGGUCCUGGAUGUGUACCGGAAGUGUGUGGGCACACAGCAGGAGGCCAACCUGGGCACAGUGCAGAUGCUGACUGUGGUGGAGCACCAGCUGGACGAGCUGCUAGAGAAUCUGGAGCGGGUACCCCAGGUCAAGAUUGAGCAGGCUGAGAAGGCUAAGGAGAGGGAGCGGCGCAUGAGGAUUCGUGAAGAGAAGGUCAGGAUGCAGAAGGAGCUACAGGAGGAGCGACUGCAACGGGCUCGAGCCAGGGCCCAAGCUGAAAUAAAAAAGAAGAGAGGCAGGAGAUUGAUAUGCCGCUCCCGUCCACCAGUCAUCAAAAUAAAGGAGGAGUCUGAGCACACGAUGAUGGACAAAGACAAGGAGGAGAUGCUCUUCUUCUUCACUUAGCAACAGAAUGGCUGAGGGCUCAGGAAGAGGAGAAUUCCUGCCUGCUUGUGAAAUUUCCUCCUGUGGAGCUGCUGUGAUCCUGCAAGCAUAUUUCCUUACUGCCUAUUGCUGCCCUUUAGAGAACUCCAGAGGGCAGAUAUUUCUUUAUUAACUAGACACUAAAUAUCUCCUUUUACUAAUUUUUUAGCUGAAUGUCUUGGGCUUCACCAACAGUGAAGUCAUCUAUAAAUUACCACAUCUCCUCCAAAGGAUCCACCUUAGUUCUAUUUUUGGUUUAUUUCCAAGGCAAGACCCUCCAGAAGAACAUGAACACCUAUGACAAGAACAGGAAUAGGAGUGAGUCCCAAAUGAUCUGGGCACACCUGUAGGAUGCCCUUGGAGCACAGCAGUGAGUGGGUGCUGGCUGCUGGUCUCAAACUCACCAGUGAGCUGGGCUCUGAACCCCUAUCCCCACUUGAGUACUGGUUAUGACAGGUGUGACCUACACUCAACAAAACUCAUUAUGAAAUUUCUAUGUUUACCAGUAAUGCCUAUUAAUUUUUAAAGAAAUGCAACUUAAGAUCUGUUGAGGGUUGGAGAGAUGACUCAGUGGUUAGAAGUGCUUGCUAUUUAACUCUAGAAUAUAAGUUUGCAAUCCCAAAGCCAACAUUAACAAGCUGGGCGUUGCUGAGCAUGCCUGUAACCCUAGAAAUGGUAGUAGAGGAAGGCACAGAAACAGAAUUGCUGGGCCUAGCUAGAAGACAGACUGCUAGCUUCAGGUUCAAUGAGGCCCUGUCUCAGGAAAUAAGGGAGUAAUAAGUGUGAGACAGCUGAUGUUCCCUCCUCUGGCCUUGCACACACAUACCUAUGGAGAAAACAGUAGGGCUCUUCACUGGCCUCUGAUUAUGAUUGACUCAUUAACAAAUCUACCAUUAGGUAGUUUCUGACCCUGUUUAGUCAGAAUAUAGUUAAUACAAGACGUUCAGGAUGCUGGUCAAUACAUGAUAUCUAUUAUUUUUAAGGAAGCUUCUAUGGCCAUUCUGUGUGGUGACAACCCUUGUUGUCCAUAUCCUAGGUAGAGUAAGGUAUGUAGAAAAUAGCACGAUAGACUGACACAUAUAAUUUUUCCAUGUUACAGUGUUCACAUUUGUCUUUUAGAAUGGUAUGCUGUUGCAGGUUCUAUAUUACCAGUGUAUGUGACAUGUUUAUUUCUGUUUCCGCUGAUGGUGCAACUUUCUUUUGCUAUUUGUCCUUGGUUCAAGUGCCUCAGCAGAAAAGGAAACCAAAAGCCUGGAUAGCUGUGUGCAUUUAAGGAUAUGCUUUGUUCCACCCAAGCCAAAAGUUCCAACCUGAACAGCUGGUUACACAGGACUGGUUAUUAUAUGCUUGUUUUCUCAUCUUGUGCUUUCUGUUCCUAAGAGGAGGCUGCUGUGCACAUAUCUGUGUUUUCAGUCACAUCCCUGGUUCAUAUGCACCAAGCCAUCAUUAGCCUAUACUUCAAGUGUUCUAUGGCUGUAGUCUCAUUUAAUCUCCACAAGAGACCCAAGCAAGUGCUGCUACUGUUAAAGGGUUCAAACUAGAAACUCCACAGCUAUCACUUUUUGUUGCAAUAAGGCGGUUUUUUUCCCCUUCUGCUACCUAACUGCUCAGCAGGCUUUAUUUUGGCUUCCAAGUGAAUUUUACUUUGUAAUUUUUACAAAUGGUUAGAAAACAGUCCUGCCAAGACUUUUUCCCUAUGAAGAAAUGAGUUGUAAUUUUCUUCAUUCCUCAUUCCUUGUAUUAUUUCUACAAACACUGGAUAUGGAUUAGAAUCUAGUAAAUUUACUUCAUUAAUCCCAUGAAUAAACCUCUUUCACAACUUCAA